UUGCCCAAUUCCCCAGCCUGCUUUUCCUCCCUCUCUCCACCCUUCACCUCCCCUUCGGCUGCUCCCUCCUUCCUCGGGACGCCACCUCCCGAUCGCCUUUUUGUUUUGGAGCUGGCUUCCCGCUGCGGCGCCCGGGCGGCGAGUGCGGGCGAAGGCAGGCUGGGGGCUCAGUCCGCGGCCCACUGGCCGGCCCUCAGCACGGCGCGGAGGACGGACGGACGCGCGGCCGGCCGCGCCAUCUGCUCGCCGGAGCUCCUCUGCAGACUGCUGCUGAGUGUGUGCGUGCACGCGAGGGGCGGGGGGUCGUGAGUCCGGGUCCGGGGUUACUGCUUUCCGCUGGGGUUACCUUUGGACGGGGGCCCUUCGACUCGGAUUGGAAUUGAGCAAACAAAAGAGACCAGCGAGUGGCCAGAAGUCGCCCGACCGCCUCGCCGCGCCCCCUCCUCCCUCCUAGGUGGGGGCUGGCCACUUGAGGGCGGGGAGAGGGCGACCGAGCCGGCGGGGGGCCGGCUGCGCAGCUGGGGUCGAAGAGUUGGCGGCCUGUUGUGUAAGCCUCAGUCCUUGUUUUCCCGGCCUGCCUCGUUGUGAAGCCGGACACAUCCACCCUUGGACUCGAUUCAGGAGGCUGCUGCUUUUCUCCUUGCCCCUGUUGGGUUUUCUGGAUUUUUGAAAACCCAAUGGCCUAGGCGGAGGAGGAGGAAGGAGGAAGGGGCAGAUCUGCAGAGGAAUGUGAGAGCCUCCCAAAGCCAGAGCAGCCAAAAGGAGCUGGGAGCCAGAGGGACGGCAGAGCCCUGCUGAGUUUCUGGAAUGGUGGUUUCCGAGUGAUUCUCUUCUAUUUUAGAACAUUGUUCCAGUGGAAAGUGUCGAAUUCUUGCCCUUGCAGAGCUGGUUUCUCCAGGUCACUUGACCGUUCUUCUGAAAGUGGGAGGAAAGAGAGACUCCCCCGACGCAGCCAGGCUGCAGAGGGAGGAAAGAAGACUAUAGACGUGAGCCCUGCCUGCUCACAGGCAUAUGCCCAGAGACCUGAUAGGGCAGUUUCUGGGACAUGGACAUUGCUUUGAAGAGGAGCAGGCUGGACGGCAUUUGUGGGUGCUGAGACCCCAAGCUGGGAGCUGAGAGACUGAGCUGUGUAACAGGCAUUGAGUUGCUAGUGCAUUCUUGGACACCCCAGUGAGCCUCCUUGGUCUGGGCAGAACUCUCUCCUUCCCAUCUUCCUCUACCACACAGACCAGCUAUGGCACUGAAAGGCCGAGCCCUCUAUGACUUCCACAGUGAGAACAAGGAGGAGAUCAGCAUCCAGCAGGAUGAGGACCUGGUCAUCUUUAGUGAGACCUCACUGGACGGCUGGCUGCAGGGCCAGAACAGCCGUGGCGAGACAGGGCUCUUUCCUGCCUCCUAUGUGGAGAUCCUCCGUUCUGGCAUCAGCACCAACCAUGCUGACUACUCCAGCAGGCUUGCAGGCUCUCUGAGCACCCAGGUGAGCUUGUAUAACAGCUCCAGUGUGGCCAGCCCAGCCAGGAGUGGUGGGGGCAGUGGUUUCCUCUCAAACCAGGGCAGCUUCGAGGAGGAUGAUGAUGACGACUGGGAUGACUGGGACGACGGAUGCACAGUGGUGGAGGAGCCACGGGCUGGUGGGCUGGGCACCAAUGGGCACCCUCCACUCAACCUCUCCUACCCUGGUGCCUACCCCAGCCAGCACAUGGCCUUCCGGCCCAAGCCAGCCCUGGAGCGGCAGGACAGCCUGGCAUCUGCCAAGCGAGGCAGUGUGGUGGGGCGCAACCUCAACCGUUUCUCGUGCUUUGUGCGCUCUGGAGUGGAGGCCUUCAUCCUGGGCGAUGUGCCCAUGAUGGCCAAGAUCGCCGAGACAUACUCCAUUGAAAUGGGCCCUCGUGGCCCCCAGUGGAAGGCCAACCCCCACCCGUUUGCCUGCUCUGUGGAGGACCCCACCAAACAGACCAAGUUCAAGGGCAUCAAAAGCUACAUCUCUUACAAGCUCACACCCACCCAUGCUGGCUCACCGGUCUACCGGCGCUACAAACACUUUGACUGGCUCUAUAACCGCCUGCUACACAAGUUCACUGUCAUUUCAGUGCCCCACCUGCCUGAGAAGCAGGCUACAGGCCGCUUUGAGGAGGACUUCAUUGAGAAGCGGAAGCGGAGGCUUAUCCUCUGGAUGGACCACAUGACCAGCCACCCUGUGCUGUCCCAGUAUGAGGGCUUCCAGCAUUUCCUCAGCUGCCUGGACGACAAGCAGUGGAAGAUGGGCAAACGCCGGGCAGAGAAGGACGAGAUGGUGGGUGCCAGCUUCCUGCUCACCUUCCAGAUCCCCACGGAGCACCAGGACCUGCAGGACGUGGAGGACCGUGUGGACACCUUCAAGGCCUUCAGCAAGAAGAUGGAUGACAGCGUCCUGCAGCUCAGCACGGUGGCAUCAGAGCUGGUACGUAAGCAUGUGGGGGGCUUCCGCAAGGAAUUCCAGAAGCUUGGCAGUGCCUUCCAGGCCGUCAGUCACGCCUUCCAGAUGGACCCCCCCUUUAGCUCUGAGGCCCUCAACAGCGCCAUUUCUCACACGGGCCGUACCUACGAAGCCGUCGGUGAGAUGUUCGCUGAGCAGCCCAAGAACGACCUCUUCCAGAUGCUCGACAUGCUGUCUCUCUACCAGGGCCUGCUCUCCAACUUCCCUGACAUCAUCCACUUGCAGAAAGGCGCCUUUGCCAAGGUGAAGGAGAGCCAGCGCAUGAGCGACGAGGGCCGCAUGGCGCAGGACGAGGCAGACGGCAUUCGCAGGCGCUGCCGUGUGGUGGGCUUCGCCCUGCAGGCCGAGAUGAACCACUUCCACCAGCGUCGUGAGCUCGACUUCAAGCACAUGAUGCAGAGCUACCUGCGCCAGCAGAUCCUCUUCUACCAGCGGGUGGGCCAGCAGCUGGAGAAGACCCUGCGCAUGUAUGACAACCUCUGACCACGUGUGUCUGGCCCCUCCUGCCCCCAGGCCCGGUUGCUACAGUGCACCCCGACUUCCCAAUCUCCCUAUACCAGCAGUAGCUGGAGGGGGCAGUCACUGGUGGUGAGGAAACAGCCUGUGGCCCCCUCCUGGGAGAAGGAGCUUUCAAGGAGCUGUCGGUGCCCCUUAGAGUUGGGGCACAGCGGGGGUGAGGACGGGGCCGGGGACCCUCCAGGCCAAGGCCUGGGCUGUGGAUCAGUAAACGAAGGCCAGGCCAGGGGCUGAGCCUCCCCUAGAGCCUGCAGUGCUUACUCACCUGGCCACCACCCCUGUUCCUUCAGCAGACACCGAGGCCUGCUGUGGCCCUGGGUCAGACGCUGGGCACCCAGGGCUGCGAUCUGCCUGCCCUUGGGGAGUCCUCAGUCAAGGGUCAGACGCAGAAACAGACAGGCAGUGCAGCACAGCAGAUGGUUCAGUCAGGGCUUCCCGAAAGCUCGAGGGAACGGAGCAUUCUGCCGGGCAGGGAAGGCCCCACAGAGUAGGCGAUAUUUGAGUGGUGUUUUGAAGAAUGACAAGGACCUGCCAGACAGUAAAUGGGGAGGACAUUGAGGGGAGACGAAUAGCUUGGCAAAGGGAUGGAGGCACAAAAACUUCUCCCUCUUCUCUUCCUCACCUUUCCUAGCAAGUUUGGUGCCCCCUCCGUGGGGAUCUGGCCUGCGUGGCAGAGGGAAGGAUCUUCCUUGCUCCUGCAGUGCUGGCGUCCGCUUCACCCUGUCCCCUGUAGGAGGGGCUGCAGGCCAGCUCCCUGUGGGCCUCUGACUGCCGCCACUGCUGGGCCCGCGUCUUCCCUUGGUUAGGGGACCAUGCCACAUCCCUCCCUCCUGGGCUCAAGGUGCUGGUGGCACCUUCCUGGAGAAGACUCCCCCACAGUCCCCAUGUAUUUGAGUUCACACUCCAAGCAGGCCCAGACCUCGGGCUCCUGGGGUCCUUGGCCACCAUCUUCCCCAAAUCCUUCCUGUCGCACAGUGGGAAACUCAGGAGGAGAAAGCCGGGGCCUGCUCACCCACUUGUCCCAGGGAUUCCAGGCCCACCUGCCCGCAGCCAGCCUCGCCGUGGUGUGCACCCCACUCCUGGUCAGACUGUGCUGCCUCAGACCAGACUGAUGUUUACGUCCCCAGGGGGUUCCUGCCUCCUCCCUGCCCAGGCCAGGGUGUGGGG